UAAACCUAAUCUGAUAUCUAGGGUUACGUUUUACUCUCCUCUCUCCCCUCUUCUCUCUGCACCGUUCUCUGUUGCCAAAAUCUCUCUCUCACGAUGGACUCUGCCGGCAACGAACAAUUCGUCGGUGGCGGAGAACCCUUCUCCCACAGAGAAGACGAACACGAACUCCAACACCACAGAAGAGAAGAUGAAGAAGACGAAGAACACGAGCAUCACCACAAUUCUCAACCUCUUUCUGGAGAUGGUGCUAGCCCUGGAAAGAUAUUUAUAGGUGGUUUAGCAAGAGAUACGACCGUAGCCCAAUUUGUGAAGCACUUUGGUAAAUAUGGUGAGAUUACGGACUCUGUGAUCAUGAAGGACCGCAAAACCGGCCAGCCUCGUGGAUUCGGGUUUAUAACUUACGCUGAUCCCUCUGUGGUUGAUAAAGUCAUUGAGGACAAUCAUGUUAUCAAUGGCAAACAGGUUGAGAUUAAGCGCACGAUACCAAGGGGAGCUGUUGGCUCUAAGGAUUUUAGGACAAAGAAAAUUUUUGUAGGUGGAAUUCCUUCAACUGUGACUGAAGAUGAGUUUAGAGACUUUUUUACGCGCUAUGGAGAAGUCAAGGAUCACCAAAUAAUGAGGGACCACUCCACCAAUCGUUCUCGAGGAUUUGGGUUUAUCACCUUCGACUCUGAGGAAGCUGUUGAUGAUCUGCUGUCCAUGGGGAACAGGAUUGAGUUUGCUGGAGCUCAGGUGGAAAUCAAGAAGGCUGAACCAAAGAAGCCAAACCCACCACCUACGUCAUCCAAGCGUUAUAAUGACUCAAGGUCUUCAUAUGGUGGUGGAUACGGAGAUGCUUAUGAUGGAUUUGGUGGCAGCUUUGGUGUUGGUGGUUAUCGGUCAGGUGGCAUGUACGGUGGUAGGAGUGGUGCUUAUGGUGGCUAUGGAAGUGAAUUCAGCGGGUAUGGAGGAUAUGCCGGUGCAAUGGGGCCCUACAGAGGAGAUCCUUCCUUGGGAUAUGCUGGUCGUUACGGUGGUGGAGGCUUUAGCCGAGGCUAUGAUCUUGGCGGGUAUGGUGGAGCUAGUGAGAAUUAUGGGGCAUAUGGCGGUGCUGCUGCUGGAGGUGGUUCUUCUGCUGGUGGUGCCUAUCAAACUGGCUAUGGUGCUGGACUAGGUGGCGGAUAUGGAGGGGCUAGCGGAGGCUCCUUUUAUGGGAGUAGAGGAGGAUAUGGUGCUGGUCGAUAUCAUCCUUAUGGAAGGUAGAAGCUUGUAAAGCAUAUUUUAAUCUUAGGACUAAUGUCUAGCACCAAAUUAAAGCGAGAGUUUGUAUUGUGUUUCUUUAGGGUUAUUUCUUUGGGAGGAAAGAAAAUUUGUCCCGCACACUUCUAUUUUCUGCGAACUGUUUUUAUUUUUCAGUUUUAGAUUAAAAUUCUCCUUGGUUCCCUGUUGAACUUAGUUGUGAUUGAUGCAAGAGCUGCAAAUUGCAAAGAUGAUGUAUUAAUUUUGUUUGUCA